AGCUCAACAACAAGACAAGGAACUUUACACCCAUGGCGGAGCACGUGAUUAAGAUAACGAGCGAGGCGCCAGACAUGAGCGACUCUGAAGUCAGCUCGCUCUGCGGUAGCGAGCUGGAGCUGGAGAUGGCAUGGGGCGAGGGUCCUAUCGCACCGCUACGCACCGAAGCUUCUGCCGACGACGGCGCCGCCAAGAAGAAUCUCAUCGCGGGCGUGGAGCGCUCCGGUAGCAACGGCAAUGGCUCCAGCCGCGCGCGCACACCGCAGAAGCGUGGCAACGAGUCGCCACUGGCCCGUAGUAAACGACUUAUCAACAUCCACCCCAUCCGCUCAGCGGGAUACCUGUCUAAGCCCAAUGAGCUGCCAGUGGGCGUACGCAAGCAGCAGCGCUGGUUCAACGAUCACCAUUUUGGCAACCGGGCAGCGUCCACCCGGCUGGAAGACUUGAUGGAGCACAUGGACAUCAGCGUCGAGUGGAGAUCGAACUUUCAAAAGCUGGCCGAGCCUCAGAACGAGGACCUGCAGAUCGAGUUCCGUAAAGGAGGAGGUGCACGUGUGAACAAUCGACCGCAUGCACCACGAAAUCGUCGCACAGAUGAAUGGAAUGAUGCUGAGCAAAUGUUCACCCGUGUUGACCGUCGUGCGCGGACAUUGAUGCUGCGGUCAUUCAGCUCGUUUGCGCUGUUUAUUGAAGCAGUGGAAUAUGUCGUCUUGUACUUCAUCCAGUGGCGAGAAGUACCUUCAGAGUUGGAAAUUGCGACGCCGCUGUUCCGCAUGUUAAAGCACCCGAUUGAGCUGAUGAAGGCGAACGAGAAGGACGUGCGUUUGAUACUGCCGCUGCUCGACUCGGCUUUCCACCGAUUGAUCAUUCACAGCGUCUGCCAGUUUUAUGGCGUGCGAUCACGAACCGAAGCGAAUCGACGUCUAAACACGAAGAUCAUGGUGCUUAAGAGCCCGAAGAGAAAGUUCUUGGCCGACGACGCGGCUCAGAUUUCGCUAUGCGAGUUCAUUCGCGAGACUCGCAUUGCCCAACGUCAUGUCGUCGUGUCCUCGCCCGAAAAGGUCGUCGCUAACUGUCACGCGUUCGAGUUGCAGUCCAAAGGCAGCGAGAGUAGCGAGGGCUUCCUGAUGGUGGAAGCCCCGCAGGUUUAAGCUCGUCGUUGGUUGUGGUCGCCUGGAAUGAUCAAGCAGUGGAAGUGAAGGCGACGUGAAAGCCAACUCGCUUGUCCAACACGUAAUCAGGGUUCCAU